CUUGUCAACAUGAUGAAGUUUCGAUUAGAUCCUUUUCCUAAGCUAACUCAGUUCUUGUUGAACUCGUUAUUAAAUGCUCGUUUUCUUGUGUUUUCUGUUGUGAUGGCCAAGAUUACGAUUGACCGUCUCUACAAGUAUUCUGUGGUAAGUGGAUGACCUACUCUUGUUUGACAACUCAUACUCUUCUGGAGAUCAUCAAUCCUUUUGCUUAUGAUGCUCAAGGUGAAGCCAACCUUGAUAUUCUUGAAUAUCAAAAUCCUCAUACUGCUAAUGACGUGUUUUAUGCUUUAAACAGCUAUGGUGCUAAAGGUAGACAAGCCUAUCUGUCUUAUUUGUUCAAUGAUGUGCUGUUUGUCACUGCACGUACAGUUCCUGUCAUUGUGAUCUGUAGUUGGGCUUAUCAAAAGGCACCUGAAUCUAUUCGUCCUGGUAUAUGGUUACCUCUGUUGAAUUGGGCAGCAGAUCUUCUUGAGUCUGGCUUAUUGUAUACUUUGAUCAAGAUGUUUCCUCAGCGUAUUGAAUGGCUUGAAUGGCUCACUGCUUAUGUGAUUCGAUUCAAAUGGAUCACAUUUCAAGGUACAAUAGGUUUGUUGUUUGUAAGCAUGUUGGUUGGUGUUUAUUAUGCUUUCCAUACUUUAUUGGCUGACAGUGUGAUGAUGGAAAAAGAUCGUCAAAAGAAAGUACAAGCAAGAGAUUCAAUUCAACAGGUAUUGCAAGGAGCAGCUGCUCGUCGUGAAGCAUCUAGCAAUAAGAAAAAUGCUUAAAUCUAUGUGUAAAUAAAAUAUUUUUUUUU